UUCACCUAAAACUUGUUAUAAUGGCGUCUCUCAACUUUCUCUCCGCAUUUUGGAUCGUUGGAAUUGCUCUAAUCCUAGUUCCUAUCUCUCCAACGAUUGCCAAAAGCAGCCCCAAGGACUUCGUUGAUGCCCACAAUGCCAUUCGAGCCGAGAAUGGGGUCGGCCCGGUGUCUUGGAACACAACUUUGGCUACCUAUGCUCUAGAUUACGCCAAAACAAGAAUCUCUACGUGCGAGAUGGAGCAUUCCUAUGGACCUUAUGCCGAGAACUUGGCAGAAGCAUAUGAGAAGACAACAGCAGAAUUGACAGUGAAGUUUUGGGCUAGCGAGAAGGAGUUUUAUGACCCCAUAACAAAAAAGUGCGUGAAGGAAGAGUGUGGGCAUUUCCUGAAUAUUGUGGCGAAGGACACAACAUCCAUUGGCUGCGCUGAAGUUAAGUGCGACAACAACUUUAUUUUCACCAUCUGCGACUAUUAUUAAGCUCGAUGUCAAAAUAAUAGGCUCAAACCUCGGCCUUUCAAAUUUAGUUAUUGUUCUUAACAAUAAUUUGAUCCAAAACUC